AUUAGCUAUUCUUGGUAGCUACGUAAUGCUAGCUCACUCUGCCGCCUGCAUCUUCCUCUCCGAACCAAAGACUGAGCCAACACAAGAAGCUGCAUUUUCCCGGCUCAUUAGAAGUCUUUAGUCCUGUUUCUGUUAAUUGUAUAAGUAAUGUAGAAUGGCGUCGGCUUUUGGGAAGCUUGUCGUCGGUACUUACGUGGAGAUAAAGCGCAGUGAUGGACGCAUACAUCAGGCGAUGGUGACCUCACUGAAUGAGGACAACGAGAGCGUCACAGUGGAGUGGAUAGAAAAUGGAGACACAAAAGGGAAAGAGAUUGAUUUGGAGAGUAUAUUUGCACUUAACCCAGAUGUGGCCCCAGAUGAGGAGAUUGCCCCUAGUCCAGAGACUCCACCCCCACCUACCCCCACAUGUGUGAAGGUCAACAAAAUUGCUAAGAACCGUCGGACGAUAGCACCUACUAAGAAUGACACUCCGUCCAGGGAUAAUAGAGUGAUUCCGACCCGGGCCAGACCCCCACAGCCUCAACAACCAGAGCCAGCACCACCACCUCCAUCCCAGCAGCCCGCACAGCCCACCCAAGCUCAGACACAACAGCAACUGCAGAAUGCGAGGAGGAAGUCGAACUGUGUGAAGGAGGUGGAGAAACUGCAGGAGAAAAGAGAGCGGCGUCGGCUUCAGCAACAGGAGCUCAGGGAGAAGAGAGCUCAGGAGGUGGAUACAACCAUCCCUAACUAUGAGAUCAUGUACAUGAUUAGAGAUUUCCGAGCCAGCCUAGACUACCGGCCCCUGACCACAGCAGAUGUGAUCGAAGAGCACAGAAUAUGUGUUUGUGUGAGGAAACGUCCACUCAACAAGAAAGAGUUGACCGUGAAGGAUUUAGAUGUGAUCACCAUCCCCAGUAAAGACGUGGUGAUGGUUCAUGAACCUAAACAGAAAGUGGACCUGACCCGCUACCUGGAGAACCAGACCUUCCGCUUUGACUACGCCUUUGACGACAGCACUACCAACGAGAUGGUUUACAGGUUUACUGCCAGACCUCUAGUGGAGACCAUUUUUGAGAGAGGCAUGGCCACCUGCUUCGCUUACGGCCAGACAGGCAGUGGAAAAACACAUACUAUGGGUGGAGAUUUUUCUGGGAAGAACCAAGAUUGUUCUAAAGGAAUUUAUGCAUUAGCUGCUCGGGAUGUAUUUCUCAUGUUGAAGAAACCCAAUUACAAGAAGUUAGAUCUACAAGUGUACGCAACCUUCUUUGAAAUCUACAGUGGGAAGGUGUUUGACCUGCUGAAUCGUAAAGCUAAGUUGAGGGUGCUGGAGGACGGGAAGCAGCAAGUGCAGGUUGUGGGGCUUCAGGAGAAGGAGGUCAAGUGCACAGAGGAUGUCUUGAAACUCAUAGAAGUGGGCAACAGCUGCAGAACAUCAGGGCAGACAUCCGCAAACGCCCACUCAUCUCGCAGCCACGCCGUUUUCCAGAUCAUUCUUCGGAGGAAGGGGAAGAUGCACGGCAAGUUCUCCCUCAUCGACCUCGCAGGGAAUGAGAGAGGGGCUGAUACAUCAAGUGCCGACCGCCAGACUCGACUAGAGGGAGCUGAGAUCAACAAAAGCCUGCUGGCGCUCAAGGAGUGUAUCAGGGCUCUCGGCCGUAACAAGCCCCACACUCCAUUCAGAGCCAGUAAGCUCACCCAGGUCCUGCGAGACUCCUUCAUUGGAGAAAAUUCACGCACAUGCAUGAUUGCAACAAUCUCUCCUGGUAUGACAUCCUGCGAGAACACCCUCAACACACUACGCUACGCCAACAGAGUGAAGGAGUUUGGGAUUAGUCCGUCGGACAUCCCCUUCUCUCAGGGCGGUCAGGGGAGUCGCCCCGAGCACUCGCCCACCAAUACCUUUGAGUUUGAUGACUUUGCUGCUACCUCUCCCAGCAGGGUGAAGGAGCUGACGGUGGACCCCAACCAGGUGAUGGAGGGGGGUCGACCCAACAUCCAUACUGUAAACCAGCUGGAUCUUUUGGACGAAGAGUGGCUGAGCAUCUCGCCACAGAGAGACGACCUCAAACUGCUCUGUGAGCAGAAUGAGGAGGAAGUGUCUCCCCAGCUGUUCACCUUCCACGAGGCCGUGUCUCAGUUAGUGGAGAUGGAGGAGCAGGUCCUGGAGGACCACCGUGCUGUUUUCCAGGAGUCUAUCAGGUGGCUGGAGGAUGAAAAGGUGCUGCUAGAGAUGACAGAGGAGGUGGACUAUGACGUUGAAUCGUACGCUACUCAGCUGGAGCAGAUCCUAGACCAGAAGAUAGACAUCCUCACCGAGCUCCGAGAUAAAGUGAAGUCAUUCCGCUCCACACUCCAGGAGGAGGAGCAAGCCAGUAAGCAGAUCAAUCCCAAGAGGCCACGUGCUCUUUAGAGACUGACAGCUGAAGCGGUUUAAGUGGCACAUACAGAAACAUAACCACUAGAUGUUCGGCACAACUCGGGCUGUCACUAGCAGCUGUGAAAACAUGAAUAAAAGGACUGACAUACCAACAGGCUCAAGGAAUUGCAUUUGUUAUGAUCCCACUCCUAACAAAACUGGCUCUUCUCUCACUAUGGUCUUGUUAGAAAACUUCGGAAGGAAAAUAGUUGUAUUUCCUUCCUUUUUUAGUAGGUUUUUUUUUUUUUUUUUUCUUCCAUGGAGAAUGUUUAGUUCCCCCAACUUGGUUCUUCUUAAAUUAUUUUCUUUUAUACUUGUUUGUACUUUCUUUGAUCAGAAUAUUUUUGAUCUGGUUUCAGAAGAGAUCCUCACUGAACAUGUUUUAAAAAGUUUACCACAUAAAACCAGUUGUCUGAUUCCUGGUUGCUCUGGCUGACAUGUCUGCAUGUGCACUCUGGUAGCGUAUGUACACCACUGUCCUCAGUUUUCAAUGCUUUUAGGUCCUCACUGUAUAGUCAUAUCUCAUUAUAAGCGAUCUCUUCUCUGUUUUUCUUCCUUCUCAGAGCUUUUACCAGUUUUGAAGAAGCCACUCUGCGCUUCUUUCCUUUGUGUUUGGUUUCUUUCCUUGUGUUCCUGAAAGGUUUUUACAUGUAGUUUGCUUCGGUUUGUGCCAUGUCAUUCUAUGUGGCGACUGACUUAAUAACUCUUACUUAAUGUAAAACAUGUUUUCCACCCCUGUUUAACACUUUGGUAUAAAAAUGAAACUAGAAAAAAACAGCUAUUAAUAAAUGUAUAGUGAAAACCACUGACCUACUAUUGGUUAUGUUGCUCAGUGUUUGCACCGGAUGUAAUGCUGGAUGAAGUAAUAAAGAUUCAUGUGUUUCAUUUGAA